AUGAGCAAUUCAUUAAGCAGUCAGCUUUUCUACUUGUUUUGCAUAGUACAUACAUACAUAUCAGAAUUUGAACUCACAGUGGUAGCUGCUACCGUUUCAGUAUUUGUAGCUGCAUUGUUGACAUCGAUAGUUGCAAUGCUAGCAGUGAUAUUUGCAAUGUUAGCAGUAAGUUUUUCAGUGCUAGCAUUAAGAUUUGUAAUGCUAGCAUCAAGAGUGGUAGUAACAGCAGAAGUUUUCGUUGAAGUGGUUGUAUUGGCUGUAGUGGUUGUAUUGGCUGUAGUGGUUGUAUUGGCUGUAGUGGUUGUGGUUGCAAUGGCUGUAAUGGCUGUAGUGGUUGUAUUGGUUGGCAUAGUUGCAGCGGUUGUCGUAGUUGUGGUGGUUGCAGAAGUGGUUCUUCUUCUAUGUUUUCUUCUUCUACUGGCUCUUUUUGUAUUAAUUUUUCCAGGCAUCGUUUCAGCAUUGCGUGGAUGA